AUGGCCGACAGUGUUGUUAAUGUUCUCCUACAGCAACUGCCCCAACUCAUAGAAGGAGCAUUUUUCCCUUCUGGAGUGGAAGAUGAAGUCAAGUCAUUUCAAAGGGAGCUCGAGAGGAUAAAUAUCUUUCUAGAGAACUCCGAUGGGAAACGGAACGAGCAUGAAAAUGUGAAGGCGUUAAUCAGGCAAAUCACUGAAGUUGCUUAUGAGGCCGAGGAUGUUAUUGACACAUUCAUCGUCAAAGUCGCAGAACAGAGGAAGAGGAAUAUUGCAGGAAAGAUAAUAUAUGGCAUUGGGCACGCAAUAAUGCUUCACAUUGUUGCAAAAAAGAUAGAAGGCCUCAACAAAGAGAUCAACAAAAUCUACGACAAUAUAGAAAAGUACGGCAUUGAAAGUGCUGAAACAAGUGUAGAUGCAACAGCAAAGAAGGCAUUCUACAGACGUAGGAGACAAGUCGAGGAAGAUGACGUGGUGGGCUUCCUUCACGACUCUGAUACAUUGAUGAAACAGCUUACUCAUACAUCAGAGAAUUCAAAACUUGAUGUCAUUUCAAUCAUCGGCAUGGGUGGGCUUGGAAAGACCACCCUUGCUAAAAAAAUUUACAAUAAUGAUCACAUCAAGAGUCACUUUUAUUGCCGCACAUGGGUGUAUGUAUCUCAAGAUUUCAAAACCAGAGAGUUACUGCUUGAAAUUUUAAAGUCUCAUAUGUCAAUAUCAGAUGAGUUGACAAGGAAACUCGAAGGAAUGAGUGAGGAUCAAGCAAAAGAGUACCUAGUAGAGAAGUUGCUCACAUACUUACAAGGGAAGAGGUACCUAAUUGUCAUGGAUGACAUCUGGGAAAUCCAAGUCUGGAAUGAGGUAAAAGAUGCUUUUCCUGAUAACUUCAAUGGAAGCAGAAUAUUAAUCACCAGUCGCAUAAAUGAAGUGGCCUUACAUGCAAGCCUUACUCCUCCAUACUUUCUUCAAUUUCUUAACAAAGAUGAAAGUUGGGAACUUUUUCUUAAAAAGGUAUUCCGAGGAGGAGAAUGUCCUCUUGAGUUAAAUACUUUGGGGAGACAAAUAGCAGAAGGUUGUCGCGGCUUGCCACUUUCAAUUGUGGUAUUAGGAGGGCUUUUGGCUAACAAAGAGAAGACGCAUCGAACAUGGUCGAGGGUUAUUGCCGAUGUAAAUUGGUACCUUACUGAAUGCAAAGAGAUUUUGGCCUUAAGCUACACCCACUUGCCACGGCGCUUGAAACCAUGUUUUUUGUAUUUUGGUUCAUUUCCCGAAGACUUUGAAAUCCCUGUAAAGGAAUUAAUCCAAUUAUGGAUAGCUGAGGGAUUCAUACAACACACUGGUAGAAGAAACAUCGAGGAUGUUGCUGAGGACUACUUGGAGGAGCUCAUUGAUCUGAACUUGAUCCAAGUGGCUGCCAAGAGUUUUGAUGGAGGGGCCAAGCAAUGUCUUAUUCAUGAUCUUCUGCGAGACUUAUGCAUAACCAAGAGCGCGGAAGAGAAGUUUCUUUAUGUACCUAGAAAUGACCACUGUUCAUCAUGGAACACCUUUCGUAGACUGUCCAUCCAAGGUAGCAUUUUUCAUCAAUUCAUUUCUUCAAACACCUCUGGCGCUUCGAAUGCUCGUUCUUUUUUGUCAUUUGGGAGUGGACCCAUGUUUAAUGAUAUUCAACUGAAGUGGGUCCACAGAAAUUUGAAAAUGCUUCGGGUGCUUCAUUUUGCACUACAUGUCAGAGCCAUUCCUGAAGAGAUAGGAACAUUGAUUCAUUUGAGGUACUUGAAGAUAAAAUAUUCGCAUAUAGUGGGAGAUAUUCCGGCUUCCAUUGGCAACCUUACGAAUCUAGAAACAUUUCACUUAUAUUGUGAAUCUUCAAUGCUUUUGCCAAACUCAAUAGUGAAGCAGCCGCGUUUAUGGAAUUUGUGUGGGGUGGUGAGUUUUUCUAACCACUGGGACACAGCUAUGUGGAACCUUCAAGACCUUUCAUUAAUGUCAUUGCACUCACAAAUUGUGCGUCUCAUUUUUGGGGGCAUGAUUCCUAAUCUAAGGAAAUUAAGGCUAAAUGUAAAAACAAUGGAUCAGGAUGCAAUACGUUUUUUUGCAAGCCUCCAUCGUUUAAGUCAUCUCCAAACAUUGAAAUUUUCUUGUAGUGUUCAAGACAUUAUUAUUCUUCCUAAUUCAUUUCCGGAGACAAUCACCAAGAUAAGCUUCGAUGGAGUGAGGUUAGAUGAAGGUGGCAUGCAAGUGCUGGGAAAACUUCCCAAACUUGGGAUACUGAAACUACAAAAUUGCCUUUCUUUUAGAGGCCUUCACAUCCCUGCAUGUUCGUUUCCCGAACUCCGAUUCCUAAAAUUGCAUGAAGAAAUAAUUAAAGAAUGGAAACAGGACGAAGGUGCAAUGCCAAGCCUAUGGCAUUUGGUUAUGACUCGUUGCUUCAAGUUGACCAUGCUCCCUUCGGAACUAAGGAGUUUGACUGCCUUGCAAGAGGUGAAGGUGUUACAUUGCAACAUAAAAUUGGCAAAAAUGUUUCAGGAAUUGCAGAAGGAGGUUGGAUUUAAACUACACAUCGAUCCUACUCUAGUUGCUGCCUUUUAUGUAGACCUCGGAGAACGGAGAUGGGGGUAAGUGGUAGCUGCCUCGCCUUUAUCAAAAGAAUUACAAAGAAUUUUGAUGGAAACGAAAAUUGUGUUACUCCUCUCAAUUGCUGCCAUGAGGUUCCUGCAUGGAGUAGCUGCACAUAGUUUCGCUGGAGCAGAUAGUCGUUGUCUCCUUGUCAAUUGGCAAUCUCACUUGCAGCUGAAACAAAACGAGAGGAGGAGGAAGCAAAGGGAGUCAAUCUCAUUACUGACUGAUGCCACCAGCUGAGCAGCAAAAUGAGUGACUUUUACUAACCAGAGAGGCCAUCACUCUUAAGUCUUACCCAUGCUUUCUUGGAAACGUGAUCAAAUUCAAAUUCUUCGUGAGUUCUUUUGUUGUAAUUUGAGAAAUUUGUUCAAAGUGUUUGAAUUUAUUUCUAGGAUGUGUUAUAUUAAUGCAGCAAAUGAUGGGAAGGAUAAUGAACAGAUAAGGGGACUUAGAAUU